AUGAGGGUCCUUAUUGUAUACGCGACGGAAACGGGCUGUGCCGAGGCGCUAGCGUACUCCACGUAUAUCCAGUUGAGAUUGCGUAGAGCCGAUGUGAGCGUGAAAUCUGCUGCUUUUGCGACGCGGAGACUUCUGUUGAGGUACGACCGCAUCAUCUUCGUGAUCUCAACGGCUGCCUACGGCGAGUUCCCGCAUAGCAUGCGAUUUCUGGUGGACGAGUUGCAAGGUGGAAGACGAAGACUCCCGGCGGAUUACACCAUAUUCGGAUUGGGAGAUUCCAGGUACCCGCUUUUCAACUACGCCGCUCGCAAGCUCGUAACCCUGCUCGAGAGGGCAGGUGCCACCUGUUUCUACGCGGUGGGAUACGGCGACGAUCAGCAUCCGCUGGGUCACACUGGCGAAUUCAUUCCGUGGAUAGCCGGUUUGACAGCGUUGUGGGGACAAUUAGACACCGACGAAGAGCCGCCGAUAUCAUUUCGCCUCAAGGUGGAAGAGCUCGAAAGGGGGACUGAGGAAGAUGAAAUACGUCUUAGCACUGCUACGGGCAAGGUUGUUUCUAACGACAUUAUAACGGCAGAGGAUCACUUUAGGACUGUCAGAAACAUUGUGAUCCAGUGCGGUGGAACGAAAUACGAUCCCGGAGAUGUAUGCUGCCUGUACCCUACUGGCGACCCUGAUGAAGUGGUGGAAAUGCUGCAAAAGCUAGGCCAAGAUCCCGAACAAGUCGUCCGUAUAGUCUCCGUAAAUGACGGUGGUCUCGAGUUUAAUCGGGAUUUGGAGGCCCUCCAGGUCUCCGACGAAAGUGAUGGGAGCCAAGAAGGGAGACGGUUGCCGUUCGAGGGCAAAGCCAUUACGCUGCGCACCCUCUUCGUGGAGUACCUCUCAUUGAAGAAUGUGUGCACGCAAUGGCAGAUGUACUUCAUGGCCAAAUAUGCGAGCAUGGACAUCUAUCGGGACAAGCUAAGGGAGAUGGCCUCCUUCAACAUCGAGGCAUGCGCCGAGUACAAUAGAUACUGCAAAGACGAACACAGGAACCUGUUCGAGGUACUUUGCGAUUUUCAUUUGUUGAAUUUGCCCAUCGAGGUGCUCGUUAACAUUGCCACUCCGUAUUAUCCACGGAUGUACUCCAUUUCAUCCACACCGACGACUAUCGGGAUAACCAGAUAUUGGGAAUCACCUUAUGGCGGAACGCUAAGUGAACUUCCUUACAGCACCUUUAAGAGUUUUCUUAUGCGGAAAAUGUGCGAAAAUGGUCUCAUCGAAUUAUGCGUGGCUGAUGUAACUCAUCAGACGCCGUAUAACCGCAAGGUACAGGGACAGGCAUCGGACUUCCUCGCUAAUGCUCUGCCGUCACGCUUACUGAGGCUCAGUAUCACCAAGUCUCACAUUGCAGAGGCAGUUUUGGACGUUAGCAAGCCAGUUCUUUUUAUGUGCACGGGCACGGGCCUCGCCGCCGUGAAGCCGCUAAUGGAGGCAAGGAUAGAACGACACGUAAAUCUCUGGAACGAGAAGUUUACACUUCCACGUGUAAAGGAUCUGGCGUUCAUUGGAUUUAGACGUAGAAAGCAGGACCACCUCUAUCUGGCCAACCCACAACUGCUGAACCUCUGGUGCGAGGUGCGCGUGGUUUACUCCAGAGAGUCCGGGCGCAAGGUAUACGUGCAGGACGAAAUUGUGAAGUUCCCCAAUAGGGUAGUCGAGAUCCUGAUGAACGGUCUGGUGAUUAUAUCAGGCCGCUCUCACCCGAUGCCGAAGCAGAUUAUGCAGCGACUCAAGGACAUGCUGGUGGAGCACGCCGGUUUCGGCGACCGCGCAGCCGACAAAUUCAUGGAAGGCGCCCUCAUGGGCGGUAAGAUAAUCAUGGAAACAUGGGGUUAA